AGCUAAACUUAUAUAAUUCUUCUACAAAUGUGCCGUUAUCUGAGAUUGUUGAUAAAAACGAAAAUACCCGUUGGCAGAGCAUAGAAAAGCUUAAUAAUAUUAAUUAUUUUUAUUAGCACGCAACAGGCAGCUAAAUCCAUUCGCAAUCCGCAGGCCACAUCGAGUUGUCCUCACAUAAUUAAGCGAGCGCCCACGCAAUUAAAGAGUGAGUGAGCGAGCGAGAGUGAUAGCUGGAAAGUGAGUGCAAGAAAGAGAGAGAGCGGGGCUAGUUAGCGAAUCGAUUUGUGGUGAUAUAUAAUUCUUGAAAUACUGAUUAAAAUGUAAUCAAAUACAACGCAAAUAAACAAAUAGAAGCCUAUAUAUACAUACAUAUAUAUGUAUAUGUAGAUGUAGAUCUAUAUUUAUAUAUAUCAGCGUAUCCAUAUUCAUAUCUUAUCGUGAAACAUGCGCUAGAGCUUACCGUGAAUCAUCAAGCUACUGCAAAUCUUUGAAAGAAACAAUCGAAAUUGAAAUACGUAAAUAAUUGCUUACAAUUAAGAAAGUGCAUUAAAAAUGGAUUCGUCGAGUCUGCUGAUUAUAUUGGCCGUCGUUUGCUUCUGCCUGUUCAUCAUACGCUCGAUUAUGAUUGCCUAUCGGUUUUAUAUGCUCAAGCAGCUCAAGGAAAUGUCGCAAGGUGAGCAAGCACGACGUGAAAUGGAAAUAAGCGUCACCAACAACAACACUAACAUGGGCAAUGGCAGCGUUUGCCUUGAAGUGGACAACAACGACAUGACCAUAUUGCCAAAGGGCAUGGAUCUACCGCCCAGCUACGACGAGCUUAACAUCUGUAACAAGGACGGUAACUUGGGUGCCUCCACUCUGACCAUCACAACGGACCUGGGUUGCAGCAAUCCGAAUCUGAUUGCAGCAGCAGCUUUAAAUGAGCCACCGCCACAUUAUCAGGGAACCAUUGACAUUGUCGAAGCUCCGACAACCGCCACAACUAUAUCUACAACAACAGUUGUUUCGGUUGCGCCUAGAAUCUAAACAUAAACGCAACAUUUCAAUUAUAUCUCUAUAUUCUUAUAAUAUAUAAAUAUAUUUAACUUCAAUACAAA